AUGAAGAAUUUCUAUCAAUUACAACAUAAACUAACAGUGACAAUUUAUUUUAUUGUAUUGCCAAUCAUUGCUACCACAUUUCACCUUAAUCCACCUAUACUUGAUAGUUGUACCGCUGGUUGCUUAAUACCAACUGAAAAUAGUACUAUAUGGUUACCGUAUAGUUAUCCACCAUGUAUUCAUCCCGGACAACCUAUACUACGUUGGUCCAGUACAGUAAUCUGCAAUAGACCAAAUUUUCUGACUUCACAAAGUGUUUCCCUGGAUUCCUCAUCUGGUGUACUAUUUGCUGAGGAGCGUGUAUGCUUCUAUGUAGAACCGUGGUACGUGGUAUAUACAUAUGAUUGUUCUGGUAGUAAUAUACCAAAACAAGGUGCCGUUUUUCUGGAUCAUAAAAAAUACGCCACAAAAAGACGAUCAAAACGAUGGAUGCGACGAAGGAAUCCAAUAGUACCACGGAUACACUUCCAGCAAGAGAGAUAUAUUACUGAAAUUCCGGAAGAUACACCAAUUAAUUCAUUGAUUAUUAAAUUACAUGCCACUCAUAUCACUAAUGAAUCAAUGUAUUAUGCUAUGGUAGCACCCGAAGAUUCUCGUACAACUAAUAUUUUUACCUUAGAUACCGUUUCCGGCGAAAUAAGAGUUGGGAAGGCGUUGGAUCGCGAGACACUGGAUCGGCAUGUACUGAAAGUGACAGCUUAUGAGCGUCUUGAUCCAGCCGUAUCAGCUAGUAGUUCGGUAAUUGUGGAAAUCCUGGAUGUUCAGGACAAUGCUCCAAUUUUUGAACGCAAUUCCUAUUAUGCUGAAAUUCGAGAGGAUGCACCAAUUGGCACAACAUUAGCAUCAGUUUUUGCCCGUGACCUAGAUAUCGGUUUAAACGGCGAAAUUACUUAUUGGCUUGGUGAGGAAGAUGGUGCUGAAUUACUUCAAAUUCAUAGUUCAACAGGGGUAAUUCAAACAGCACAGCAUCUGGAUCGGGAAUUGAUGAAUAUUAUCCGGAUAUAUGUAUAUGCAACCGAUAAAGGAGUACCACCGAUGACAUCAAGAGCUCUUCUAGAGAUUAAUCUUCUUGAUGUCAAUGAUAAUGCACCUGUUUUUGAACAGGAAUUUUUUAAUGUCACGAUAAUGGAAAAUAUCACUAUACCAUCCAAUAUUUUACAAAUCAGAGCAACAGAUAGCGAUUCUGGACAAAACGGAAAAGUGCAUUAUAGUAUUGUGGCAUCUAGCGUAAAUGGGUUUUCCAUAGAUUAUGAAAAUGGUUGGAUAAAAUUGUAUCAAAAAGUGGAUUCACGGUCCAACCCUGUAGCACUUCUAGUACGAGCCAAAGAUUCAGGCCAACCUGCUCAAUCUUCAACGAUUAAUUGUGCUAUCCAUAUUAUCGAUAUUAAUGAUCAUAAACCCCAUUUUAUUGCAUCACGACAAGAGUUAUUUGUGGAAGAAAAUGUACCAAUUGGAUUUGAAAUAACACGAAUUUUUGCUAUCGAUGAAGAUAAUGAUAUGAAUGGUCGAAUUACAUAUACAUUAGAUGGCGACAAUAAUGUCAAUGAGACAUUUCGUAUUGACCGAACAACAGGAAUUAUUACAACAAUAAGCAAGCUUGAUCGAGAGGAAAAAGAGAAGUAUAUACUUAAGGUGAAAGCAGAAGAUGGAGGCGAACCGCCAUUAUCUGACAGUUUAUUUAUAACAAUAAUAAUUCGUGAUAUCAAUGAUAAUGCACCAUAUUUUGAACCUAACUUUUACAAUAUUACUGUACCCGAAAAUGAAGUACGUGGAACGCAAUUAAUUACUGUGAAAGCAAUCGAUCAUGAUAAUGACGAUAAGGGGGCCAUAUUAUCGUUGUCAGGUGAAAUUGAUCGUACGGAUGAUACACUACGUGUGAUGAUAGCAGCAACUGAUAAGGGUGGUUUAACAGGUACUUGCACAGUAACUAUUACUGUUGCCGAUGUUAACACUGCACCGGUAUUUCUUAUUCAUCCGUUCACAGUACAUAUCCCAGAAAAUAUCCCGAUCGGUUCAGAAGUUAUACAGUUGAAAGCGGAAGAUCAGGAUCGACACGAGAAUGCCAAACUUACCUAUUCCGUUGACAGUAAGGAAUUUAAAAUUGAUAAAAAUACUGGCUUAAUAAUGAUAGCCAAAGAGAUUGAUCGAGAAGAACGCAGUAGCUAUUUGCUAAAUAUUACUGUCAUUGAUCAUGCAACUAAUCCACUCAGUGCAAGCACAUUUCUUGAAAUUAUCUUGAAUGACAUAAAUGACAAUGCCCCGGAAUUUACAUCUGAAAAUUACACGGUUGCAAUAGCGGAAGAUACGCCAACUGGAACAUCAUUCACGCAAGUAGCAGCUGUUGAUAUAGAUGAGGGUGAUAAUGCAAUUAUUGAUUACUAUCUAAUUGAAGAGAAUGGAAAUGGUGACACCUUUAAACUGGAUAGAUCAUCUGGAACAUUACGAGUAGUUAGUAAAUUGGAUCGUGAAAUGAUCGCAAGAUAUGAAUUAACAGUGAAAGCACAAGAUCGUGGUAAUCCACCAUUAUCAUCAUUUUCCACCGUAUCAAUAAUUAUCAUUGAUGUGAACGAUUAUGCACCACAAUUUGAGUCAUCUCGAUAUGACUUAUGGAUUGCGGAGAAUAGUCCUAUAGGUACUACAGUUGGUACUAUUAUUGCUCGUGAUGAAGAUGAAGGAAGUAUAUUACAGGAUUCAAAUCAAAACGGAGUGGUACAUAUACUUUCAAGAACAAUUUUCGAUUACGAAGCAAAAAAGAACCAUUUUUUUCUUGAAAUCCAAGCAAGCAGUGACCAACUAAGUUCCAUUGUACCCGUUUAUGUCCAUGUCAGCGAUGUUAACGACAACAGACCUCAACUUCGUGACUUCACUAUUCUUUAUGCAAAUCAUGUUGAUGAACCUGUGGAACAAGAGAUAGGAUAUGUUCCAGCUUUUGAUCCUGACCAUAAUGCAACCUUGGAGUAUGACAUUGAAACAAACGAUAUUUUAAUGGUGGAUCAAUAUAAAGGUUCCAUUAUGCUGAAGAACGUUUGGAAACGAUAUAUAAAUGCUGUUUAUAAGAUUUGUGUUUCUGAUGGUCCGAAUAAUGUUUGCGCUAAAUGUCGAUUCAUUUAUAUACCCGUGGAUGAUAGUAUUAUCCGCGAUACGGUUACUCUUGGACUCCCGAAUAUUCGUUAUGAGGAAUUAUUGGAUAAUGAUGUUUUUGAACGAUUCACAAGUGCCAUAUCACUUUUAGAUGAUUGGCAUAACGAUGAUAUUUGGGUUUUUAGUAUUGAUACUCAUAACAAGUAUACAAAUGUAUCAUUUGCUGUUCAUCACGGACAAACCAUUCAAAGGUCGGAACGUGUAGAAGGAUUAAUUAGAAAUGGUCUUGCCAAGCUAAGUGACAUAAUUGGCAUGAAGUUAAUGAUACAUAGAGAUGCCACCUGUUCUAAUGAACCGUGUCCAUACUUUCAACAGUGUAGAAAUACUCAAAAAUACGUCAAAACUACGCAG